AGUGCACGUCACGAUUUCGCCAUAUUGUCAACACUUAUUUUCCAGCUCAUCCCCCAAAAUGAUAUAGACACGUUAUAAUCGUUGUAGUAUGCUCCCUGGAUCCAAGACCGAAGAUCUACAGAGACAUGUCUCGUCCGGGCACUUCGACUGCUAAAGAGGGAAGCAAACCGGGGUUUUGGAAAAAGGGAACAAGUUUCCCGGGGAGCAUCAAGCCAGUAUAUGGAGCACAGCACCCACCUAUGCAACAAGCUUCACUUCCUAGUAAAAGUAAAAAAGACGAUAAUGGCAAACUAAGAAGUAACAAGAAAGAUGCAUUCCAUGACUUUGAGAACAAGACGUCUGACGCCUGGGACGAUGGAGACGACGAUCUCCUGGUCAUGGCCAAUAUCCAGAUGUCUCUCCGUGAUGUCCGCAAGACUGCAGAGGCUGUAAUAGACAACCAUAGCAAACAAAUCAACGCUCAGAAUGACAGCAAGCAAAGUCAUGUGACAGCUAUCCCAUCAGCCACCUCCUCCCAAGGAGCGGGUCCUGGAGUGGGAAUGAGACUGAACACGGGGUGGCAGGCUCCCAAGACGACGGCCAUCAGACCAACUCAGAAAAAAGUGCCAGACCGCCAAGUCAUCAAACUGGAAAAGUUCAGAAGUGCAAUGGCUGCACAGAACACAGACCUAGAUGAACUCCGAAAGCUCAGCUGGUCAGGAGUUCCCAAAGCCGUCCGUCCUACUGCCUGGAAAAUACUCUCUGGUUACCUUCCAGCCAGUCUAGAGCGGCGAGAACCCACUCUCCUGAGGAAGAGAAAUGAGUACUUUGGCUUUAUAGAGCAGUACUAUGACACACGGCACCAAGAGAUGCACCAAGAGACGUUCCGACAAGGUCUGGGACUGGGUACUAUUCUUAAAGAUAUUCCAAGAAUGACCUCACUUGCUCACUUGUUUCAACAAAAGGUUGUUCAAGAAAUUUUUGAGAGGAUUUUGUAUAUCUGGGCAAUCCGCCACCCUGCCAGCGGAUACGUACAAGGAAUCAACGAUCUGGUUACACCCUUCUUUGUGGUGUUCUUGUCCGAAUACAUUGAGAACGAUGUGGAGUCGGAAAACUGUGACUUACAGGAAUUACCGCAGGAAACACUACGCAUCAUCGAGGCAGACAGUUACUGGUGUACUUCCCGUCUACUGGACGGUAUCCAGGACAACUACACAUUCGCACAGCCGGGCAUACAGAUGAAAGUCAAUGCCCUAAAGGAGCUGGUCAAACGAAUAGACGUUCCUUUACAUAAACACUUAGAGGAACAGUCUGUGGAAUACCUUCAAUUUUCCUUCCGAUGGAUGAACAAUUUACUGAUGCGUGAAAUUCCACUCCGGUGUACAGUCAGACUGUGGGACACAUACCUGUGUGAGCCCAAUGGUUUUGCUGACUUUCACCUCUACAUGUGUGCAGCAUUCGUGGUGAGGUUUUCUAAAGAUAUACAACGGGAACGGGAUUUUCAGGGAAUUCUCAUGUUUCUACAGAACUUACCAACACAUCAUUGGAACAACGAAGAAAUUGGAGAACUUUUAGCAGAAGCGUACAAACUGAAGUAUAUGUUUGCAGAUGCACCGAAUCACCUGGACAAGAAAUGACGUACAGAAACAGAUUAGCAUUAGUUUUUAGUGGGACACACUUAUCUCGGUGUGUCGUCUGCACGUCGGAACGGUUGUGUGCAUAUGUGCUUAAGGUGCCAAAUAUAGAACUCUUGACCUUUAUUCAAGGUCAUAUAAUGGUUGAUGGUUCACAUUUAUAACCUCGCCCCAUGUGGUCAAGGUUAUGGAAUGGUUAUCCUCAAAUUCGACAUUUGACCUGUUAAGGUAGUAGAAGGGUUUAUUGAGUAUGUGAUGUUUCGAAUACAAAACUAGCACCAAUUUUGUUGUGUGUUAAGAAUGAUACCAUGUGUGUCUUUUACAAAAUUAGGGCAAAUGUCCAACUGAUACACAAAUACAAGGGUUUGUUAUCAGUGACACCACAGUGUCAUCUCAGGUCAUACCAACAAGUGGUGUGUUAUCAGUGAGAGACAAUGUGUUAUCAGUGAGAGACAGUGUGUUAUCAGUGAGAGACAAUGUGUUAUCAGGGAGAGACAAUGUGUUAUCAGUUUAUGAGAGAGAGAAUGGUAAUGGUGAGAGAAGAAUGUUGUGAUAAGUAGUGUUCAAAGUGUGUUAUAAAUGAGAAAAACAUUAUUAUCAAUGUGAAAAUGUUAUCAGUGAAUGUGUGUUAUUAGUCAUUGGGAGAACGUGUGGUAUCAGAGUGUUAUCAGUGCUGGAACAAUCUUUCAGAUAUAACACUCACUAUGCGGCGUCCAUUAUCAAGUACAAGUGUAUGACUGGUCGUACCACAGUCACAACCUGUCACAGUGAACAGUGUGUUGUCAUGGAUACCAUACAGUGUCAUCCAAUCAGAAGCAGCCUCUACGCUGCUAGGUAACAGCACACAAGUUAAAGACCAUACACCACAGGUUAUAAUGAGACAGAUAACACUGUAUGUGUCAUAGAUGGUACUCUUUUUGUUAUAGAUAAUUUAGUGCAUUGCUGUUAAAGACAUGUCAUGUUUUAAAUAAAAAUGUCAUAUAAAGCACUGUAUGACAUGAACAGAAAAACCUUAUUUUCUGUGAAAAUAAAGAACUUCUAUAAAAUAGAAGUGAAUGUAAUUGCAUGUACUAUUUUCAGGACAUUAUAUUAUAAAAAGACAGCACUCACAACUCCUGUCAAAACAACAAUGCUUGGUCAGGGGUGAUAACUCUAAAACAAUUGUUUUAUAUCGGGCCAAUAAGUGCAAAGGGACCCUCAUACGUGUCAGUUCUGCCUAUCAGUGUUUUGUAGGGAGAUUUCCAAUUGACCCUCAUAUUUGGUUGGCUGUAGCAAAAAUUCCCUUCUUUAUUAUUUUGUUCAAUUUCAAUUGAUUAAAAGUAUAUCAUGGCUUCAAUGACGGACACUAUUUUGUCAAGUAGGUGUCAUUGCGAAUACUUAAACGUUUUUGGAUUUUAAAAUUCCAUGUUUAAACGUUUUUGGAUUUUAGAAUGCCAUGUUUACCUAUGAAAUAUUGAAAUAAUGGCAAGUAUGGACUCUCAGGGUAGUUACAAAAAAAUGCAUCCAUGUUUUCAUAGGUCUCGUGGAGUAUAUUGUGUUGUCACACUGUCUGUCCAUCUGUCUUUUUACAUAACAUUGUAACCAGAACUCGUCCCACAGUUUUCAACUUCAUCUUUUGAUAUUUGUGAGAUGAGAGUCAUGAUAAUGAACAUAUAGAAAAAAGGUAAUGUUGUGCUAACAUUUCUAGUUAAUUUGAAAAAAAGAUCUAAGCCAAGAGAAACAAUCUGUAUAAUGAAUAUUUAAACGUUUGACAGGGAACAUUUAGAACCUUGCCUUACACUGGCUAUAGAUGUAAAAAAUGUUUUCUACUUUGCAGUUAAAUUUUAAAAAAAUCUUAGGAAUUCAUUGAAAUUCCAUUUGAAAGUGCUAUUGUUGAAACCUUGCAGGUGAAAUCUCAAUUAUUUACAAGGAAAUGUUUACAUUUUCUCUGCAUCCUUCCACGGCAAUGCAUUGAGAUGGCAAAUGUUGUUAUGAGACUAUAACAGCAUUUGCUAUUGUAACGUCAUCAAUCUCUAUUGUGACGUCAUC